GAUUCGCCGGUGGGGGCGGUGUUGAGCCCUCAGCGUGACCCUGCCGCGGCGGCUGCGCCGUGGGAAGAGGACGCAGCUCCACGGAGAGCCAAACGCGGUAAGCAGAGCGAAGAGGAGAUUUUACGCGCGGACCCAGCUCAUGGAGUGACCGCCGUGGACCCCGCGAGGCUGUGGAGAGACUUUCCGUCGCAGUUUGAAGGCUUAACGGAGGAAGUACCGGCAUGGAGGAGACAGGCAGCAGGAACAGCAGCCUGCAGAGGAAGAAGCCUCCAUGGCUCAAACUGGACAUCCCGACCAUCCAGCUCACCCCGGACGACACCCCCCUUCCCAACCAGCCGGUGAAGCGCAUGCGCAGCGUCAGCAUGCCGGGAGAAAAUCCUCAGACCCGCACUGCAGCCUUGGAAAGCUCCAACAACUACCUCAAACCUCCCUUGGAGAGGACGCACCCCCUAAAACAGUCCAUCAAGAAUGGUGAGAGAAGGGUACACUUUGACCGCCUCAACACGGUCCCUCCAAAAGGCCAGAGGUGCCUGAGGAGGGUGUCAACCAGCCGAAGGCGGUCCUGUGUCCCCAAAUUACAGUCCAGACGGCGGUCGUCUAUACCCAAACAGAUCAUCAGGGGCACGGCAGACUGGUUUGGGGUCAGCAAGGACAGUGACAGCACCCAGCGAUGGAGGAGGAGGAGCCUGCAGCACUGCAGCCAGCUGUACGGGGGUCUGAAGGCUCAGGUGAUCAGGGAGCUGGAGCUCCACAGCCACGACAAUCUGACUAGCACUGAGACCCCGCCUCCUCUCCCUCCCCACCACCCCAGUCACCACCAUCACUUUGGCAUGUGGAGGGUGGUGAACCCUCUGGCCCGUGGCCGAGUGUUUCGCAUGGCGGACGAGGUGGACGGCCACGUUGUCACGCAGAGCCCCCUCACACCCGGAGCCGCAUCUAUCUGCUCAUUCUCCAGCUCCCGCUCCACCCUCAACUGGUUGCCACGGAGACGCAAACGGGAUUCAGUUGCUGUCAUGAGUCUGAAGGCGGCAGCAGCUCUGAUGAAGGGUCGGACAUUGGGGGACGGCCGUGCCGGGCAGUGCCGCAGGAGGAGUUUCCUGCCCCCAAGUGUCUUUGAAGAGGACACAGUGGAUUUCCCCGAAGAGCUGGAUACCUCCUUCUUCAGCAGAGACGGUCUGCCGGAGGAGACAUCCAGCAUGGCAGAUGACGUGUUUGAGACAUCCUCAGAGGCCAACCUCAAACAGCAGGAUGAGAGCGCGCUCACAGGAAGUUCUCUGGAAAGGAGCAACCUGGAGAGGAAUCAUCUCACAUUCCCUUUGGAGAGAGGAUGGCGAAAAGGAAAAGACGGUUGUCUGGUCCAACCUAAAGUCCUGAACCAGGAAGUAGUGACCAGCCAUCACCAGCGGGGUCAAAAAAUCACCAUUCCUGUAAAGAAGCUGUUCACCCGCCAAAGGAGGCCGUACGGGCUCGGUAUGAUCGGACGCCUGACGAACCGGACGUACCGCAAGCGCAUUGACAGCUUCGUCCAGAAGCAGAUCGAAGACAUGGACAAUCACAGGCCUUUUUUCACCUACUGGAUUACGUUUGUCCAUUUGGUCACUACCAUCCUGGCUGUCACUAUUUAUGGUGUUGUCCCUAUGGGCUUCUCUCAGUAUGAAACUGUGGACUCUGUGUUAAGGAAUAAAGGGGUUUAUGAAAAUGUCAAGUUUGUCCAACAGCAGAACUUCUGGUUCGGUCCAAGCUCGGAAGCACUGAUUCACCUCGGUGCAAAGUUUUCGCCGUGUAUGCGUCAAGACGAAGAAGUCCACCAGCUGAUCCAGGAGAUAAAAGCCAAAGAAAGAGAAUCGGGCUGCUGCGUGAGGAACGACCGCUCCGGCUGCCUGCAGACUUUACAAGAAGAGUGUUCGAGUACAUUGGCAGAGUGGAUCAAGUGGCCUCAGCAUCCCAGCGCCCCGUAUCUGAAUGGUAAACUGCGACAGCAUGGAUCCGUCUGUCAUCAGGAUCCAAGGUUUUGUCUGGAGCCGGCCUCGGCUUCACCUCUCGAGUGGCCAGACGACAUUACACAGUGGCCAAUUUGCACGUUGUAUAACACCGGGAAUCACACCAACCUUCCCCACAUCGACUGCACCAUCACAGGCCGGCCCUGCUGCAUCGGCACCAAAGGACGAUGUGAAAUAACUUCCAGAGAGUAUUGCGAUUUCAUGCACGGCUACUUCCAUGAGGAGGCAAUUCUUUGCUCCCAGGUGGCCUGCAUGGAUGAUGUUUGCGGUUUGUUACCUUUCCUGAACCCAGAAGUUCCAGAUCAGUUCUCCCGCCUGUGGCUGGCUCUCUUUCUUCACGCUGGGAUCCUGCACUGCUUGGUGUCGAUGUUUUUCCAGAUGACGGUGCUCAGGGACCUGGAGAAGCUGGCUGGCUGGCUGAGGAUCUCCAUCAUCUACAUGCUGAGUGGCAUCACUGGCAACUUGGCCUCUGCCAUCUUUUUGCCCUACAGAGCAGAGGUACAGUUCAUUUGCAACCUCACUUCUGCACAAUGCUGCCCCCAAAAUAGCAUUCGAGGGAGCUGGCUUAGUCUUUGGUCUGAUGAACCCAAACGUAAAGAGAGUUUUGGAAAUAUCAGCAUUCCUGUCACAUUUGAACCAAGUCUGAGAAACUGUUCAUGUGUGUACACGACCUCAGAGAUGUGGCUCGUUCCUCUGCUCUCACUUCACCUUCCAGGUGGGUCCUGCAGGCAGCCAGUUUGGCAUCCUGGCCUGUUUGUUUGUGGAGCUGUUUCAGAGCUGGCAGAUCCUCGAGAGGCCAUGGCGAGCGUUUGCAAAGCUGCUGGCCAUCUCCGUCUUCUUCUUCUCCUUUGGCCUGCUCCCUUGGAUCGACAACUUUGCCCACAUUUGCGGUUUCGUGUCCGGAUUCUUUCUAUCCUUCGCCUUCUUACCAUACAUCAGCUUUGGACACUCAGACGCUUUCCGAAAGCGAGUCCAAAUCUGUGUUUUCCUGCUCAUCUUCGUUGGCUUGUUCUCCACUCUGGCAGUCCUCUUCUACAUCUAUCCAAUAAAGUGCGACUGGUGCGAGUACCUCACCUGCAUUCCCAUCACUGACAAACUCUGCGAGAAGUACGACCUGAACGCACACAUCCUCCGACGGCAGUGAAAGCGGCAGACGGUACUGCGGGACCGCUCAUGACGGCCAAUCGAAAGCAGGACCUUCCUGCUGUUUGACUGUCUGACCUUGCAAGAUGGGCUUGGCCACAAUGAGGACAAACUGCUUGGACAUCUUAUACUCAACGUCUAAACUCUUCAUGCAAAAGGGACUCCACAGCACCCCUCCAUGGCCAAA